UUCUUUCUUUCGACUCUAUUUCAGGUUCAUUGAAAUUAAAAGAAAAAACUACACCAAGCAAAGAAUUUUCAGGGUUUUUCGACAAUGGAUCAGAGCCUGUUUCGCCUUGUUGAUCAGGAACAAGAUUCGUUUCAACGUAAAUGGACUUUGGUCAAUGGUCCGGUCAUAAUUGGUGCUGGACCUUCGGGGCUAGCCACUGCUGCUUGUCUAAGAGAACAAGGGGUGCCCUUUGUUGUUCUUGAACGAGCUGAAUGUAUAGCUUCUUUGUGGCAAAAACGCACUUACGACAGGCUGAAGCUUCAUCUUCCAAAGCAAUUCUGUCAACUCCCUAAACUACCAUUCCCUGAGGAUUUCCCUGAGUACCCAACAAGGAAACAGUUCAUUGAAUACCUUGAAUCAUAUGCUAAGCAUUUUGAUAUCAACCCAAAGUUCAAUGAGUGUGUGCAGUCAGCUAGAUAUGAUGAGACCAGUGGUUUCUGGAGGGUCAAGACCAUUGUCACCAGUGGUUCAAACAAGAUCGAGCUUGAGUACAUUUGCCGCUGGCUUGUGGUGGCCACCGGUGAAAAUGCCGAGCGUGUGGUGCCUGAUAUCCAAGGAUUGGCUGAGUUUGGUGGUGAGGUUAUUCAUGCUUGUGAGUACAAGUCGGGUGAAAAAUUCCAGGGUCAAAAGGUGCUCGUUGUCGGCUGUGGCAACUCUGGCAUGGAAGUUUCACUUGAUCUUUGCAACUACAAUGCUUCACCAUCAAUGGUGGUUCGUAGCUCGGUCCAUGUCUUGCCAAGAGAAGUCUAUGGGAAAUCCACAUUUGAAUUAGUUGUUUUGAUGAUGAAAUGGUUACCCCUUUGGCUUGUUGACAAGUUGAUGUUGGUUUUGGCUUGGUUGGUGCUUGGAAACGUUGAGAAAUAUGGGCUUAAAAGGCCAUCAAUGGGUCCAUUAGAACUCAAGAACACUAAGGGGAAAACCCCUGUAUUGGACAUUGGUGCAUUGAAGAAAAUCAAAUCAGGUGACAUCAAUGUUGUUCCUGCUAUCAAACGUUUCUCAUAUAGACAAGUCGAGCUCGUUAACGGCGAAAAACUCGAUAUCGACUCGGUCGUUUUGGCAACCGGAUACCGCAGCAAUGUUCCUUCUUGGCUUCAGGAAGGUGAAUUCUUUGGUGAGAAUGGGUACCCAAAGGCACCUUUCCCGCAUGGUUGGAAAGGCAAUGGUGGAUUAUAUGCAGUUGGGUUCACAAGGAGAGGGCUCUCCGGUGCUUCCUCAGAUGCCAUGAGGACAGCACAAGAUAUUGGCAAGCUUUGGAAAGAUGAAACUAAGCAACACAAAAAGAUAACAAUUGCUGGCCAUAGACAAUGCAUUUCACAGUUCUAAAGUCUCACUCCUCAGUGCAACAAAAAAAUAAACAAAAAAUACUGUAAAAAAUUGAAAAUACUGUAAAAUACCCCCCCAAAAAAAGUAGCACAGGCUGACAGAGCCCUCUCCAAAAGCCCAAGUUUUGAGUUUUUUUGGGCAUUUUGUAAACUGAGGAUGAUGAGGCUUUUCUUUUCUUUUCUUUUUUUGUUUUGUUUUAGGGACUAAGUUAAAUGAUACACUUCCAUCGUUGCUGUCUUUUUGUCUU